GCUCGGCUGUGAGCUGCUGCAGUUAUGCGGAGCCAGCCGGUGCUCCGGGACAGACACUAGCACUGGACGUGAAGUAGCCAUGGCCGCCAAAGAGGACCUGUACAGUAAGAUCCUCCCUCGCAGGCUCCGGCAGACCCGGACUGGAUCCGUCAAAUGUGGCUCCAGCUUGGACGUGCUGCUGUCCAUGGGCUUCCCCAGACCAAGGGCGCUGAAAGCUCUGGUGUCCACCGGUGGUCGAAGCGUGCAAGUGGCCUGCGACUGGCUAUUCUCUCACGUGGAUGAUCCAUUCCUCGACGACCCUCUGCCCAGAGAGUUUGUGCUCUACCUCCGACCCAGUGGGCCACUCCAGAACCAGCUCUCCCACUUCUGGCAGCAGAGUCGAGUCACAUGUGGCAAAAACAAGGCCCACAACAUUUUCCCUCAUAUCACCCUCUGCCAGUUCUUUAUGUGUGCAGACCACAAAGUGGAGUCUCUCUGUGAAGCCCUCCAGAACACUGUGCGGCAGUGGCACGGUAGAUUUCCCUGUCCACUCCCUCUGGAGCUCUACACAUCAUCCAACUUCAUUGGUCUCUUUGUGGAGGAGCAAGUGGCAGAGGUUCUGAAGCAGUUUGCAGCCGACUUUGCCAAUGAAGCCACGAGGAAGGCAGAGGUCCAUGUUGAGCCUCAUAAGAAGCAACUGCACGUCACUCUGGCCUACAACUUCCCCAGUGAUCACCUCCCCUCACUAGAAAAACUUGCCAAGGGCAUAGAAGUCAAGCUCGGUUGUGAUUGGCUGGCUGUCCUCUUCUCGAGAGACAUUCGGUUUGCCAACCACGAGACUUUGAGGGUGAUGUACCCUUACACGCCGCAGAACGAAGAUGAGCUGGAGCUGGUUUCUGGGGAUUACGUCUUCAUGUCUCCUGUGGACCAGAGCAGCACCAGUGAGGGCUGGGUGUAUGGAACCUCCCUGUCCAGUGGCCUGUCCGGCCUGCUGCCGGAGAACUACGUCAGCCUGGCUGAUGAGUCUGACACCUGGGUGUUCCAUGGCUCCCAUUCCUUUUUUAGCUGUAAUCCCUCGGACAAGAGCACCAAGGAUAGAGGAAUGUUUGACGGACUGCUAGACAGCCGAAGACCAGAUAGCACCAGUCCUGGAGACUCACCAGGCCUCAGCCUCAUAUGUCACCCAAUGCAGCAGGUCCUGCGGUUAAGUGGCAGCCAUUCUCGACAACCGAAGCGGACUGUUUUUGUCUGUCGGCACGGUGAGAGGAUGGAUGUGGUUUUUGGCAAACACUGGCUGUCCCUCUGCUCUGACAGUAAAGGUCGAUAUGUCCGAUCCAAUCUGAACAUGCCUCCUAGCCUGCCACUGUGGGGCGGACAGAGAGAUUAUGACAUGGAUGCCCCCAUCACUGUGCUCGGAUCCAUGCAGGCCAGAUUAGUGGGCGAGGCUUUGAUGGAGAGCAGCACAAUCAUCGAUCAGCUCUACUGCUCCCCGUCGCUGCGCUGCAUCCAGACGGCACAGAACAUCCUGAGAGGCAUGCAGCUGGAUGGCAAGAUGAAGAUUCGUGUGGAACCAGGGCUUUUUGAAUGGACCAAAUGGGUUUCUGGUAGCUGCCUGCCUGCAUGGAUGUCCCCAGCUGAACUGGCUGCAGCUCACUUCAGCGUGGACACAACAUACAGACCCCUGUUACCGGCCAACAAGCUCACAGUGUCUGAAUCCUACGAAAGCUACAUGAGUCGUAGCCACCAAGUGACCAAAGACAUCCUGUCGGAGUGCAAGACCUCUGGAAGUACAGUGCUGAUCGUGGCCCACGCGUCUUCCUUGGAGGCCUGCACUCGCCAGCUGCAGGGCCGCAGCCCGCAGAGCGCCAAAGACUUCAUCCAAGUGGUUCGAAAGAUCCCCUACCUGGGCUUAUGCUCCUGUGAGGAGCAGGGAGACAGCGGGAUGUGGCAGUUAGUGGACCCUCCCAUCCUCCCCCUCACACAUGGACCCAACCCCACCUUUGACUGGAGGGAGACGCUUCUGAAUGACUGACAACACCUGGGUCUGCUGGGACAUUGUGGGUCAUUCCACUUCUUUGGUCAGAUGCAGAACACUGGUGCAGAUGAUCCAGAAGACUAUUCAUACUCUAUACACACAUGAAAUGCAGGAUCUUCUCCCUCACCCUGACCCAUCAGUCUCUCAGGUUCCUCCCGAGUGGACAGAUCCAGGAGACUCGUGCUGAUGAAAGUGAAAUGGGCCAGACAACAGUGCAUCAAAGUUGUUGGCCUGCUUAUCUUCAAGCACUUGUGAUGUGAAAGACAGCAGGCCAUGUCUGUGUCGAAGGUUCCGAUCAUCACAGUCAAACCAGAGACCUCUCUUUCUGAUGGAAGGAUAUCUCGCAUAGCUAACAUCUGUCCUGUCAGAGACGCAGUGUCUGGGCCCUCUGUCAUGAUAUCAGGGUUCCAGUCGGGGGAGGAACGAAAGCCGAAAUGAAAACCCUCUUUAUUUCUUUAAACCAUUGAAUAACUAACCAGCUGUCUGAUCAACAUUGCCCUCACUAAACUCAUCAAGUAUUUAUAUUGAUUAUGUCCAUCAACAUACACACCGAACUGUGCACAAGACUGCAGUCACAUUGGCCGUGGGGAAAUAGAGAAGGAGCAGAGUGAAGAAUAAUUUCAUUCCCAUACAAAUGUUUCCAGUGUCGUCCUGAUCACUUCUUGUAUUUCUACAUUCCACAGAUUGAAAUCACAAGUUACUUAAAUUAAGCAGUCAUGUCAACAGGGUCAGUAUUACAGCUUUCUUAUUAUUGCUCAAGGGCUUCUCACACCGCAAAUAUCCAGUUGGUUUCAACAAAGAGAACUGUAAAUGGAUGACAUAAAAGCACUCCUGUUUUCGCAAUCCAACUUCCGUUGAAGUUCUAAAGCACACUGCCCUCUACUUUGACUAUUGGUAAAGCACAACGUUGCAAUCUUGGCCGACUGUUUAUGACAAAAGAGCUGUACUGCAUCAGAGAAAAUAUCAAAGUGGUCUGUGCGAUUUUGUUGAAAUGAGUGUGAUGCUUUGUUCUCUGUGCUAACUUCAGGGAAAUGAUUCCUAGGGCUUAUUAACUUCAUUUCUCACAUGUGAGAGGAGUUAUAAACAGGAAUUGGGACUGACUUGUUACACAAAUGUGAGUCAGUGUAAAGUACACUGUGUCACUGUCAGACAGACACACAGCAGAACAAACACUGGCACAGUUUAAGUCUCUCUUCUCCAUCUCAAAGCUCCAAAAGCUUCUCUUAUUUUGAAGUGUCUGGUUUCCCUGAUAUUGAACUAAGUGACUUCUCAGGCUCCCCCUACAUUACCCAACUAAUAUAUAUAUAUAUAUAUAUAUA